AUGUCUGCGCCCUGCUCGCUCCCCGGCCCUGCCUCCUCUGCUCCUCUGCACCUCGCUUCCUCACGCCUCUCACUGCUGCUUGCCUUGUCAUCUGGUGCUGGUGCUGGUGUGGGUGCGGGUGCUGGUGCUGGUGCUGUUGCUGGUGGUGCUGCUAUUAAUGAUAUUUCGGCUGCUGCUGUUGCUGCUGCUGUUGCUGCUGCCAUUGCUGGUGAUGAUGCUGGUCCUUCUGCUGUUGCUGUUGCUCUUGCUGGUUGUGCUGAUGUUGACGCUUUUGCUGCUAUUGUUGCUGCUGCUGCUUCUGCUGCUGCUAUUGCUGUUGCUGAUGCUGUUGCUGUUGCUGUUGCUGUUGCUGUUGCUGUUGCUGUUGCUGUUGCUGUUGCUGUUGCCGUUGUUGUUGCUGUUGCUGCUGCUGCUGCUGGUGCUAGUGCUGCUGUUGCUGCUGUUGCUGCUGCUGCUGCUGCUGCUGCUGCUGCUGCUGCUGCUGCUGCUGCUGCUGCUGCUGCUGCUGCUGCUGCUGCUGCUGCUGCUGCUGCUGCUGCUGCUGCUGCUGCUGCUGCUUCUGCUGCUGCUGCUGCUGCUGCUGCUGCUGCUGCUGCUGCUGCUGCUGCUGCUGCUGCUGCUGCUGCUGCUGCUGCUGCUGCUGCUGCUGCUGCUGCUGCUGCUGCUGCUGCUGCUGCUGCUGCUGCUGCUGCUGCUGCUGCUGCUGCUGCUGCUGCUGUUGCUGGUGCUGUUGCUGCUCCUGCUGAUGGUGCUGCUGCUCUCACUGGUGGUGAUGAUGUUGACACUUCUGCUGUUGCUGUUGUUGAAGCUGCUGCUGAUGCUGGCGCUGCUGCCGAUGGUGCUGCCACUGGUGCUGAUGGUGGCGCUGCUGCCGAUGGUGCUGCCACUGGUGCUGAUGCUGGCGCUGGUGCUGGAGCUGGUGCUGGCGCUGGUGCUGGCGCUGGUGCAAUGGCUGCUGCUGCUGGUGUUGCCGAUGGUGCCUCUCCUGCUGCUCCUACUGCACUGUGGGGCCGACCUGCAGCUGCUGAUGAUGCCGACGCUGCUAAUGGCGCUGGUGCCACGGGCGCUGCUGGUAGCAGCGGCUCACAGAGAGGGGCUGCCACGGACCAGCGCGCGCUGCCACCGACGUGCGGGGAGGCACGAACGGGCGGAGAAGCAUGGACGGGCGGAGAGGCAUGGACGGGCGGAGAGGCAUGGACGGGCGGAGAGGCAUGGACGGGCGGAGAGGCAUGGACGGGCGGAGAGGCACGGAGAAUGCCUCGCGCGCGCCACAGCCAUCCCCUCGCGCACUUUCCUCGCUCUCCGCCAAUCCCCCCCUCGCCUGCCUUUCCGCCGCUGCCUCUGCCUCCCUUCCCCGCGUCUCGCAUCCAUGUCCUUCCGCGUUUCCUUGGCCCCUCUUAG